CACCAAUCAGAUUUUCUGUCUAUAUUAGAGUGUUACAUAUGAGGCCCUGUAUUUAUUUGUCCAAUGGUUUGGGAUAUUCGAGAAGCCAAACAGGUUUCAAGACCUUGGCAUUAGGAAACGGCUAGCUUAUAACAACUUCUAAUCUUGAAAGUGUAGUUGGCUCUUAAACUUAAGAUCUGUACUACGUUUAAAAAGCAUCCGCCAAUUAAAAUACAGUCCAUUAUCAUGAAAUCGAACUUUAUAGAAAAGGCCGUAUCCAAGUAUCUUGGAAGAUUAGGUGGAUGGAUAGGAAGACAUCCAGUCAUCUGUAUCGUGGCACCCAUAGUAAUAACAAUAAUCUUUAGCACAGCAUUCUUUACUAUAAAGUACGAAACCAAUAUCGAAUACCUCUACACGCCCAUAAACGGUAUAAACAGGAGGAAUGGCCAAUAUUUAAAGAACAUGUUCCCCAAUGACGUAGCUACCAAUUUCGAACCCGGUCGCAUGACGAGUUUCGGUCAAUGGGUAUGGAUUAUUGUGUUGAAUAAGGACGAAGGUUCCAUGCUACGUACGUCGUCACUCAAACAAUUAAUUAAAGUGGACGAUUUCGUACAAAAUAUAACCAUCAGGAAGGACAAGAGAGUGUACACGUUCGGCGACUUGUGUGCUAAGAAGGACGACGAAUGCUACCUCAACCCCAUAAUAUCGGUCGCGAGAAUGACUGAUCAUGUAAAUGACGGUACAAAAUUUGUAAAAUAUCCAAUAGAUCUUGAUCUAUCGCGUUAUAAUUAUACAUAUUACGCUCUCAAUCUCGGUGGUGUGACGUCUGACGGUGACAAAGUCAAAGCGGCUAAAGCAGUCAGGUUGGUGUAUUUCCUGGACGAUUCUACCACCCAACGAAACCAGCUUUCCGAGAGAUGGCAACUCAAAGUUGUCGACGAAUUGCUGAAGAAGGAUUUCGAAAACUUAACUGUCACUAUGUUUACUACCAUGUCCAUCGAUAGUGAAAUGCAACGAGUGGUCGAAGGGCGCUUCUUUCUCUACUCUAUUUCGGUGGCCUUCAUGGUCAUUUUUGCCAUUUUAACCACCAUAAGUACUGAUUGGAUCCAUAGCAAACCGUGGAUCGGUAUCUUUGCUACCUUUUCCUGUGGUUUGGCACUAACCACGGGCUUUGGCAUAUGUAUUUAUUGUGGAGUUCCUUACAUCCAUAUCAACAUCGCUUCCGGCUUCCUAAUGUUAGGUAUCGGUAUGGAUGAUAGUUUCGUCAUACUUUCAGCAUGGAGAAGAACGAGCAAAAAGAAAUCAGUGGAAGAUAGACUAGCAGAAACUUAUUCUGAAGCAGCAGUUUCCAUAACUAUCACCUCUUUAACUAAUUUAAUAUCAUUUUUAAUUGGAAUAAUUACACCAUUUCCAUCAAUUCGCAUCUUCUGUUUAUAUACAGCAAUCACAGUGGUAGCCACUUAUCUAUAUCAAUUAAUAUUUGUUGGAGGAUGUUUAGCAGCUUGUGGUCUAGCUGAAGAAAAUAAUCGUCAUUCUUUCACUUUUCUUCGGAUUCCUUCAGAAUCUUCAUCAAAGAACAGGAAUUAUUUCUACAAGAUCUUCUGUACUGUUAAAGAUCGUGAGAACAGUCACGACGUGAAGAAUCACUUCUUAAUGGUCUUCUUUAGGGAUCAAGUCGGUGGAUUUUUAACCAAAAAAUAUACAAAAAUUGCAGUAGUUAUCGUAUUUAUUAUAUAUUUAGCCGUUGCAAUAUGGGGAUGCACAAUAGUCACGGAAGCCAACGACAUAAGGAAUUAUCUACCCCAUCAUUCCUACGCUACGGAAUUUUUUCAUAAUUUUAACACGUAUUUUAACAAAUAUAGGGAUAGGAUACAAAUAGUCAUCGAUAAAGAAUUAGAUUAUUCGGAUAUUAAUGUACAAAACGAAGUGGAAGAGUUGCUACAGAAGUACGAAGCUAGUUCUUACGUGGGGGAACCCAUAUUGACAGAAUCGUGGUUACGUUAUUACUUGAUCUUCUUGAAGGAUAAAAGAAUGGCACACAUUGUUAAAAACUUUAAUAUCACUUCAAAACAAGACUUUUUAACUAUAUUAAGAAGAAUAUUUCUGCUACACCCCUCGACGAGACACUUCAAGGAUGAUAUCAUCUUCAAUGACAACUACACGGAGAUCGUUGCCAGUAGAUUCCUCUUGCAGACUAACAUCACCACCAUCGAUCACACAGAGAAAUACAUGGUACAAGAACUCAGGGAUAUCGCUGCCAGUGCUUCAUUUCCAGUACUAGUAUUUUCACCCGUUUUCAGUGUCAUCGAUCUAGUGUUCGUAGUGGUACCCACCACCAUACAAACCACCAGCAUUGCCGCUGCUGUGAUGAUAAUCGUGUGCUUUAUCUUCAUACCAAACUUAUCGUGCGCCCUGUGGGUGGCUGUUUCAGUCAUCUCGAUAGAAAUCGGUGUCGUGGGUUACAUGGCACUGUGGAACGUCUCGCUGGACGCUACCUCCAUGGUAAUAUUAGUGAUGUGUAUAGGAUUUUCUGUGGAUUAUUCUGCACACAUAUCGUACUGUUACAUCAAAGCCAAAGGUGAUAUGCCGGACGAAAAGUUAAAAGAAGCUCUAUACGCAGUGGGCAUGGCCAUUUUUCAAGCUGCCUUCUCUACGUUAAUAGGUGUGGUUUUUAUUAGCUUGGUACCGGCCAUGACUUUCUUCAUACUGUUCAAGGUGAUAUUUUUAGUGGUAUCCUUCGCAUCUUUACACGGUAUGAUAUUUCUACCCGUCUUCCUCUCCAUCACCGACCAGAUAAUUCUACGCUUUAAUAGUGGUAAAGCAACAAUUACAAAUAACAAAAGUCUAAGUGACGUUUUUAGUAGUGAGAAAGGACAAGUGAUAUUAUCCAGAGCUAAUUGGAUAAUGAGUACCAACACGUGCCAUUCUGGCCCUUACAUCAAUCACCCUAUAGCUGGUCCUCAAGUCAAUCUGGCCUUUGUAUCCGAUAGGUGAUAAUUGACAUGUGACGUCACAAGUACAUAUAUAUAUAUAUUUAAAUGUAACAAUCGAGUAAUAAUCCAUGUAUAUAAAUAUAUAUAAUAGACCUUAAAUUUUAUGUGCUGGUCACGUGUAAGCACUUACGAUACAUUAAUGAAUCUCUUUCCAAUCUCGUUUCCUAUUUUAACAUUAAUUUUAGGUCAACUCAGGGCCAGCAAAAGCGUGUUUUCUUGAAAAUAGACACGAUUUCAUGAAAAAUCGAACUGAAAUUUAUUACUUUUCAUGCUCAUGUCACAACAAUAACGAAUGUAUUUCGCAGACGUUACAGAAAAUGGUCAUCAGAAGUACCUGAAAGAUGAAGCGAAAAGACGAUUUAAUGAGCAAUAUAAUUAUAUGUACUUAUUUAUACAUUCAUGUGCAACAAGCUAACGAUCGUUUUAAUUCGGAAAGUUUCAGUUGAGUGCAAUUCUAUAUUUAGUCCAAUUUAAUUCUAUAUAUUUUUUUAAAUACAGCAUCAACUUUCACAUCAUUAUAAAAAAAAUCAACAUAUUAUUUUAAAAAAAUAUUAAAAAAUAAAGUUUUUUCGUAACAUUAUUUUCUAUAAACAUUAAAAAAAAAGUAUAUGGCACUAAAAAAAUUCAAAUAUUUCUUCUUUAUCAAGCGUGAUUUUUCAUAGAUCGAUACGCAGCGAUGGGAUAUUAACUUGUGACGUCACAAGAAUUGUAACCAAUGUUCAAAUUUAGUAACAAACAAUUCGUGUGCCAUAUUCUCUGCCAAUGUAUACACAACUUCGCCAAAAAAUAAAAAAAAAAUAAAUA